AUGGAAGCGGAGGUAGAGUAUGAAUUCCGCGCUAACGAGCCCGAUGAGUUGUCCCUUGAAAAAGGAGAAUUGAUUAAGAUCCUCAGCCGAGAUGAAGACCCAUUUUGGUUCAAAGCCGAAAAAGAUGGCGUCCAAGGUUUUGUCCCCUCCAAUUAUAUCAAGAUGAGGGAUCAUCCUUGGUAUUUGGGAAAGAUCUCGAGGAGAGAUGCGGAAGCCCUCCUAAACACUGCCGGAACCGCAAAUGGAACAUUUUUGGUGCGACAUUCGGAGAGCAGUGCCGGAGAUUUUUCAAUUUCUGUAAAAUUUAACGGCGCCAGUGGAGAGACAGGAGUUCAACAUUUCAAGAUUCUUCAUGACGCCGACGGGAAAUAUUUCAUUUGGGAUACGCGAUUCGUUAGUAUCAACCAACUGAUAAACUAUCAUCGGACGGCUUCAAUUUCGAGGACGGAAGUGAUUCUGUUGAGGGAUAUAGAGGUGGAAGCGACAUUUGUGCAAGCCCUAUUCGACUUCCAACCGCAAGAAGAGGGAGAAUUGGCUUUCAAGCGUGGCGACAUCAUUAAAUUGCUCAGCCGUGACGACGAGAAUUGGUGGGAAGGCAAACUGAACGAGCAAACGGGAAUGUUCCCCUCGAAUUACGUGUGCCCAUUCAAUCGGACGACGGCCCAA